AUAUAUAUAACUAAAAAAAAAACUGAACAAGUACUCCAUAUGUGAACAAGGAAUCACCAUGUCAAGAAGACAGGCUUUUACCCUUAAACCUUUUGGCUUGGUUUUAUUCCAAAGUCUACUUAUAUUUUCGGUCAGUGGAUUGAAUGCUUCAGCAGAUCUCAAGUCACUAGUACAACACUGGGCUAAGGAUCUGGGUGACAAAUUGUACAGUUUUAGUAACAAAGUGACAAUGUUGAAUGAUAUAAGUAAGAAAUAUCAAAUGAGACUAAAAACAGAGGAGAAAAAACAUUCAACAAUAGUUGCUGAAACUGCAAAAAAAGUGAGCCAGUUGCUAGAGAAGAAAGUAAAGGCUGUAAAGAAACUUGCUUCAGCAGCAGAAGAAGCCUACAGAAAUUAUACAGUAGAAGUAAAUCCACCGGUAGAUUAUUUAAAUGCCAAACUACUCAUUACUGAUGAUGAUUUACGAGCCAUGGGAGGAGACGCACAAAUAUUGAUGGAGAACUUCCAGUAUUUACGUGUUGAGAGACGACAAGAGUACGGCACAACUUCUGUUAAUCUCAAUUUAAGCACAGUCCAUGUAGCCACCUAUGUGUACCACAAAACCCUCGAUGUUCUCAAUGGAGUACAGUGGACUCGUGCCUUAGACAAGGUCUUUAAGGAAAAUAAAGACAAUGACUCAAAUUUAUCUUGGCAAUACUUUGGUAGUGCUGUAGGCUUCAUGAGAGUUUAUCCCGGGAUAAAAUGGCCAAUAAAUGAUGAAGAUCGUAUUGAUUUAUAUGAUUGCCGUCUGCAGGGUUGGUAUAUUCAAGGAGCCGCAGCACCAAAAAAUGUCAUCAUACUUUUGGAUUCCAGUGGAAGUAUGACAGGAUCACGUAUGAUAAUUGCACAGAGCACUGUAAAUAAAAUCUUGGAUACACUCACAGUCAAUGACUACUUCAACAUCAUUCAGUUUGAUGAGAAACCAAGAUACGUUGAUAGCUGCUUCAAUCGCACUCUCGUAGCUGCUAACUUGGAUAACCGUUUACGCUUAAAGAGGGCUAUUAAAUUCAUGAAGACAUCCAACAUAGCAAACUUCGAGAAAGCAUUACAAGAAGCAUUUACAUUAUUUUCUGAACAAAACAAAGUCAAUAAUGAAACUUGCUGUAACAAAGCUAUCAUGCUAGUAACAGAUGGUGCUCCUGAGAAUUACGAAUGGAUCUUUAAUAAAUACAAUUGGAAGCCAAAUUCAACUUCAAAAAGAAAUGUUAAUGUGAGAAUAUUUCCUUAUCUCAUAGGAAGAGAAGUCGCUGACAAUCGACAAUUAAGAUGGAUGGCAGGUGCAAAUAAAGGUUUCUACACUCAUAUAUCCACUUUGGCUGAUGUAGAGGAACGUGUGCAGAAUUAUGUUAAGGUGCUAAGUCAACCACUGGCAAAGCCCACAUCUCAUCCACAUAUAAUGUGGACGCCAGUUUACGCUGAUUUCAUUGCUCCAGAACUCACAGAAGACAAUAUGCGCUUAGUCACGUCGGUAUCAAUGCCCGUUUUCAACAAAAAAGAUAAUUCUGACAAUGCCUAUAAAUUGUUAGGUGUCGUUGGAACAGAUGUCCCUAUUGAUCAAAUUAUUAGCUUGAUACCGAAGUAUCAGUUGGGAGUACAUGGUUAUGCCUUUGCAAUAACUAAAAAAGGCUAUGUUUUAUUCCAUCCAGAAUUCAGACCAUUUGAUAAUGGUCGUCCCAAAACCAAUUAUAACAGUGUUGACCUCACUGAGGUUGAACUUACGUCAAAUGUUAGUGUGGUGAAGAAUUUAGAGACUGCUAUGAAAGACGGCCAUCAGGGAAGCAUAUCCAUGAAUGUGGCUGUCCAUAAAGAUUUUAUUCGGGUUUCUAAAAGACGUUACCACUACUACUAUAACAAUAUAGCUGGAUUUCCUUUCAGCUUGGCGCUAGUAUUUCCUGAAAAAUAUGGAAAUCUUCAGUUAAAAACUACAUUUGAUAUAGGAAAGAAAGAUGUUCUUCGGAAUAAAUCAUUUCGCUUAUCAAGAUGGAAAUACUGUGAAAACCAGGAAGAAACCAGUAUGGCGAAAUUAUUUGAAAGUAUUAUGAGAGCGAAACGUGCGACACCUGAGAAAUGUGACCGAGAUUUAGUUAAUCUUUUAGCUUUUGAUGCUGACAUGCUGGUAAAACUCUUCAAAGUAUGGAAAGGAAAGAAGAGGGAAAAAAUUAAGAAGAAAGGGGUAGAAAUUAUUUUUGUUGGAACAUCUUCUGGAUUGUUUCUGUACGAACAGUUUGUGGAUGAAUUGACUGAUUUGUAA